AGUGCUUCCACACUCCGUUACUGUGCACGGGGAUUGUUAACGACCCUCGGAACCGAACAAAUUAAGAAAGCGUUUGAGCUGAACUAAGAUCCGAAUACCACGGGCAAAGAUGUCUUGCCUCAAGAUUUUGAAGUAUACCAUGUGUGUGGUGAACUUCAUUUGCUUUAUAUGCGGUGUAGCAGUGUUUGGAUUGGGGAUUUACAUGAUGAUAAAUUUCAAGUUUGCGUCUCUGAUCCCAACCCUCCGGGACUUGAACAUCGCCAACACCCUCUUCAUCAUCGGUAUCAUCAUCACCUGCGUGUCUUUCCUGGGUUUUAUGGGCUCUCUGAAGGAGAACCGUUGCCUUCUCAUCUCUUUUUUCAGCCUGCUCUUCCUUCUCAUGCUGGCUGAGUUCACCAUGGCCUGCACUCUACUUGUCUAUGAGGACAAGGUGAAUGAGUUCCUUCUGACCGACCUCCAGAAAAGUCUGAAUACGUCAAAAUCUAUGGGUGGGAGGAACAGGACAAAACAUGACUGGGACAUUCUUCAAGAUAAAUUAAAUUGCUGCGGGAUCCAAAACGUGACCGACUGGAAGCUGAACAUCCCUGACUCGUGCUGCAUUAGAAACGACUGUUCAGGCUCUCCACAGUACAAGACUGAGGGCUGUUACACCAAGGCACAGAAGUUCCUUGAGGACAACCUUCUCAGCAUAGGCGUCGGCGUGAUUGUCAUUUGCAGUAUUGAGGUGCUGGGCAUGUGUUUUGCCAUGACUCUGUUCUGCCACAUCAGUCGAACUGGUCUUGGAUAUAAGUGAAGGAAGAGAGAGAUCCAGUUUUUCUAUUAAAUCAUCAAACCUGAGCACCAUCAAGGCCGGACUCCGAAAUCUUCACAUGUAACUUUCAUGUUCACAUUUUAAAAAUGUUCUCUCUGUAAUCCCAAGAAACAUACAUAGACCUACAGUGUUAUGUUAUCAGCCACGAUAUGUUUUAUCUGCUUUGCGGCAGGCUAGUCUUUCAUAGAUCCAUCAUAUCACACCUUGUCGGUUAUGUAGUGUUAGCUAAGCCAUAGCAUGUAGCAGUAGUAUUAUUUUAAGAGUAUCAUCACAUUCGACCAAACAAAAUCAUUUAACUAAAGGAUUGCAGUGAAGACGACAAAUUAUCGAGACCUGUUGCUUAAACUGAGCUAAAAUUAAAAACCACAUGCUAUGUAACUUUGUGGACCAGUGUUAUACACACUGAGGAACAA